AUGAAGUUGAACAUUGCGAAUCCAACUACUGGUUGCCAGAAGAAGCUCGAGAUCGACGAUGAUCAGAAACUCCGUGGGUUUUAUGAUAAGAGACUCUCACAAGAAGUCCAUGGAGAUGUUUUGGGCGAGGAGUUCAAGGGGUACGUUUUCAAAAUCAUGGGUGGGUGUGAUAAGCAAGGUUUCCCAAUGAAGCAGGGAGUUUUAACUCCAGGCCGUGUUCGCCUCUUGCUUCACCGAGGAACUCCUUGCUUCAGAGGACAUGGAAGGAGGACUGGUGAGAGGAGAAGAAAGUCUGUUCGUGGUUGCAUUGUGAGCCCUGAUCUCUCUGUUCUUAACCUUGUCAUUGUGAAGAAGGGUGACAACGAUCUUCCCGGGCUUACCGAUACCGAGAAGCCAAGAAUGAGAGGACCAAAGAGAGCCUCAAAGAUCCGUAAAUUGUUCAACCUCAAGAAAGAAGAUGAUGUGAGGACUUACGUCAACACUUACCGCCGCAAAUUCACAAACAAGAAAGGCAAGGAAGUGAGCAAAGCCCCUAAGAUCCAGAGGCUUGUGACUCCAUUGACACUUCAGAGGAAGAGAGCUAGAAUCGCAGACAAGAAGAAGAAGAUUGCUAAGGCUAACUCUGAUGCAGCUGAGUACCAGAAGCUUCUCGCCUCGAGGUUGAAGGAACAGCGUGACAGGAGGAGUGAGAGUUUGGCGAAGAAGAGGUCGAGACUCUCUUCUGCUGCUGCCAAGCCCUCAGUUACAGCUUAA